CAUUAGUCGCGUACUUGUGUAAAUCGUGUACACAGCGCUAACAUCGAACGGCGAUCGCACACUCUCGUUUUCGUACGCGUCCGCGUCGCUUGCUUGUCGUUAACUUGUUUCGCGUAUUGGGCGAACCAAAAGGCGCGUUUUUAUCGUUUAACGAUCAUUGUCUAUACUCGUAGAUAUUUUCAUAAUCUUAUCGAUCGUUCACUCUAUUAUUGCCGGACGCGUCGUUUGUAAGCACUAGGUUAGGUUAGGUCGUCGUUUCGCGAUAGUUUUUUUGAAUGAAAUCGUGGUCCACGUAAAACCGAGUGAAACGAUUACGAGAUAAUAUUGAUUUAAAACACGUGUACGCCUCGAUCGUAGAUAUUAAAAGUACUUACUCUACGUAUAGAUACAACAUCAUUGUUGUCCAAGAAAAGUAAAGGUCGUCAUGCACGUGCUAGUGAGGACGAUGAAUUCCGGCGUGUCGGUCGUGAUACCCACGUCUAGGACGACGAAGAUCAGUCACUUAAAGACACUCGUCGAGAAAAAGUUCAACGUCAAACCGGAAAACCAGCGAUUGUUCUUCGCCGGCAAACAGCUUGAAAACCAGUAUAGCCUCUUUGAUUAUAGUAUUAAUAUAAACGAUGUUAUACAAUUGAUGGUUAUGGCAUCUGUUGCUAAAACUAACUCUACAAAAAAAUCAGUUAAGAAAGUUCCUAAGAAUUUAAAAAAUAAAACAAACAUUCAAAGUUGUUCUACAGCCACCAGUUCUGUAAUAAGAAAAGACAAUGUAGAGAAUAGUUCUGAAGAAAGCAAGUAUUUCAAAUUAGGCGAUUAUGUUGAUAUAAGAGAUUAUGAAUAUGGAGUGUGGUACAUGGGUAAAAUAGUGAAGAUAAAAAAAGAUAUUUCUGUUGAAAUUGUACAACCUUUAUCUGCUAGCCAAGAGGAACGUGAUGGUCUUAUUUAUUUUGUUGAGGAUGCAGGAGCCCCUAAAAACCCACCCGCUGAAGUUACAUUGAAAGAUAUAAGACCAUAUUCAACUGAAAAUUUGCCAUUUGAUCAAUUAAAAAUUAAUGAUAAAGUUCUUAUGAAUUAUAAUACUGAGCAUCCCAAAGAACGUGGGUAUUGGUAUGACGUGCAAGUGAAACAGAUAAAAGUUACUAGACGAAAACGUGAAGUAAUAGGAGAUGUAACACUUGGAACAAAUAAAGCAGUAUUGACCAAUUGUCAAUUGAUGUUCCUCGAUGAUAUUUUAAAAAUAAAACCAUAUAAGCUAGUUGCAGAGAGGACAGAAGAAGAUGAUGCAAUCAUGCAAACAAUGCCUUCUGUUGAAAGAGCUGGAGCUUUAAGAUGUACUGAAUGCAAAGACAACAUUAAUAAACUAUGUGUUGACUGCGGGUGUACUAUUUGUGGUGGCAAGGAAGAUGAAGAAAAACAGAUAUUGUGUGAUGAAUGUAAUGAUGGUUUUCAUAUAACUUGCCUUUCACCACCCUUGACAGAGAUUCCAGAAGAUGAUGAAUGGUUUUGUCCAACUUGCAAAAAUGAUGAAAACGAAAUUGUGAAAGCUGGUGGAAAAUUAAAAGCUACCAAAAAGAAGAAAUUAGCUUCAACAUCAAAACGUGAUUGGGGAAAAGGUAUGGCAUGUGUUGGUAGAACCAAAAAAUGUAACAUUGUUCCACCAAAUCAUUUUGGUGCUAUUCCUGGUGUUGAAGUCGGUACAACAUGGCUAUUUCGCGUUCAAGUAUCUGAAAGUGGUGUUCACCGUCCACCAGUUGGAGGAAUACAUGGCCGUGAUAAUCAAGGUGCAUUUAGUAUUGUAUUGAGUGGUGGUUACGAAGAUGACAUUGACAAUGGUGAAGAAUUCGUGUACACUGGUUCAGGUGGUAGAGAUCUAUCAGGGAACAAACGCACUGCUCUGCAGAGUUGUGACCAAGAAUUGACACGUAACAACAGGGCUUUAGCUCUCAACUGUAAUGCAGAAAUCAAUGAUAAGGAAGGAGCGACAGCUGUGGAUUGGAAAAAAGGCAAACCGGUUAGAGUUGUACGGAAUUAUAAACUUCACAAACAUUCCAAAUAUGCACCCGAAGUGGGCAAUCGUUACGAUGGUCUUUACAAAGUCACAAAGUAUUAUCCAGAAGUUGGAAAAUCUGGGUUUAUUAUAUGGCGCUUUGUAUUGAAAAGAGAUGAUCCUGUCCCAGCUCCUUGGACAGCAAAAGGCAAAAAACGUAUAGCUCAAUUAGGUCUUGAAAUAAUUUAUCCAGAAAACUAUAUGCCUUCUACUGGACUUGACGAUACAAAAUUACCAGUAUCUAACAAAAAAAGAACACUACAAGACACUGACAUGGAAAAUAAUAAUACAGACAAACAUUUACCAAAAAAGAAAGAUGAAGAAAAAGGUUCUAAGAAGAAAGCAAAAAUCCAAUAUAAACUUGAAAUAGUUGGAGAAGAGUUAAUCAAAGCUGAUGCUGCCAAUAAAAAAUAUUGGGAUUAUUGUAAAGAGAUGCUAAAAGACGGCAAAAAGGCAUUUUUGGAUAGAGUUGAAGAAACUUUUACGUGCAUAUGUUGUCAGGAUAUUGUCUAUGAACCACUCACAUUAAACUGUUCUCAUAAUAUUUGUAAAGGAUGUUUGAAAAGAUCAUUUGCUUCUAAGGUUUACCAAUGCCCAUCAUGUAGAGCUGAAUUGGGAAAAACUUAUCUCAUGAACAUGAAUAUUAAAUUGGCUAACACACUUCUGUAUUUCUUCCCUGGAUAUAUUACAGGUCGUUAAUAUUUUUAUCAAUAACUUCUACAAACCACAAUUAUUUUAAAAAAUAACACAACACAUUGUUUAAUAUAAUUCUAUUAUUUAUCUCAGUAAGAACACAUUGGAGAUUAUUAUUUUUUUUAUUUUUUUUUUUUAUUUAAAUCUAUUUGUUAGGUUUAUUUGUUCACAGUUUUAUACAUUUUGAUUUUUUUUUAUUAUUAUUAUAUUUGAGAGAGAAGUUAACUUUUUAACAGAAAAUUUGUUUUUUUUUAUAAUUUUUAGUAUUAGUAGACCCUAUUUGUAGUUAAUUAAUGAGUUUUUCUAUACUAAAUUAUUUUAUGAUAAAUUAGCUAUCAAGGAACUACAUUAAACAUUAGUAAUGUAAUGUUGUGAUUGGCUAUUAUUAUGUUAAUUAAAAGAUUUCAGUAAAUAAAGGUUGCAUUAAUUAAAAAUUA